AUGCCUAAAAUAUCUCAGAAGCGUCGUUAUAUUAAUGAUUUGUGCCAAAUCGCUUCAACCGAACUGAUUUGGAGCACAAAUUCGAACACAAGAUAUGGAUGGCAGGAAUUCGACGAUAUCGUAGAUGAAAUUUUGCUCACAGAGGCCAUUCGGUACAUUGUUCCACGAAAUCCUGUCCCCAAAUCCGACCAGUGGUAUCGUAACGUUCUCCCAGAUUAUAACGACGACCUAUUUCGAAAAUUUCUGAGAGUCUCAAGAUUAAACUUUGGACGGAUUCUCUUAAUGAUUCAAGAUCAUCAUGUCUUCCGAUCAAACAGCAGCAAAAAACAAACGCCAGUCGAUAAACAACUCGCUAUUACACUCUAUAAGCUCGGAAAUGAUGGGUCAUCUAACUCUAUUCAUAACGUGGCUGCAGUUUUUGGGAUUGGAGGAGGUGGUUCAGUGAUGCUCAUAAUUGAACGAGUAUUAAAAGCGAUUCUUAGUCUGGAGCAUGAUUAUAUUCGAUGGCCUGAUGAGAAUGAACGAGCAAAUAUAGAAUUAUUUAUGGGCGACAAGUUACCAAAAUGUAUCGGCUACAUCGACGGCUCUCAUAUCCCUCUAGAUGAAGCUCCGUUGGAUGACCCAGAGUCAUAUUUCACAAGAAAGCAGCGGUACGCAAUACAUUUGCAGGCGGUUUGUGACAAUGAUCGUAUUAUCAGAAAUAUAUUUAUUGGAUAUCCUGGCUCGGUUCAUGAUGCACGAGUAUAUUCCAACUCAGAAAUUGGGAUUAGACCCGAAAGUUUUCUAACUAAUGGGCAAUGGAUUGCUGGGGACUCUCCCUAUGCUGUUAGUGACUUCAUGAUCACACCUUUCCGGAAUAAUGCUACUGCCGGCACAGCAAGCCAAAGAAGAGCAUUUAACAAAUAUUUCUCAAAAUAUCGGGUCAACAUUGAAUGCGUAUUUGGAAUAAUGAAGGAAACUUUUGGAAGCUUAAAGGGAUUGGGGAUACGCGUGGAUAAGCAACGUGGACACAAAUUAGCAUGCGACUGGAUAAUGGCAUGCUGCAUUCUGUAUAAUAUUAUCAAGCCCACACUUCCAGCAAUAAUUCUUGAAGAUUUGGGGGAGGAAGAUCACGAAAUGCCGGAGGCAACGAGAGGAAAUGACAGAAAAAGAAUUGGAUUAUUUAAUUUUAUAACCGGAAAGUUGGCAUUACAAUAA